CAGCGGAACAGCGCACCCUCGCAGUGCGCCCGUACGGAGGAGGAGGAGGUGCAGAGUCUACGAUACGGACACAGAUACAUUGUUGACGUUGCUAUACCCUUUAUGCACAAGUCACCCACACGAGUAUACAAGAGCGGGACGAUUUCGCGAAGGAUGGGCAGCAGCAGCGUCUCUUCAGACACAGACAGCCUGGGUGUCACAAUUAAGCACCAACCUUUGUUCUUCCCCGGUCUAUGCAGGAGCGACUAGUCGGGGAAAGUAGCAGGCUAGCAACACCGCCAGCUUAGCAGCGAGGCUAGCUUGCUCUUCCCUCUGUGGUCCAUCACGAACUUGCGACCUGGCGCCCGCCCGGGUCGUUUGCACACAGAGAAAAUGGUGUACCUGUUGAACCCUAUAGAAAACCUCAGAAGCUACAUCAACAACCGCCCACCCCUGGUCAUUUUUAUGUUCAGCGUCAGUGCUGUGGCCAUCGCCUUUCUGACCAUCGGUUACUUCUUCAAGAUUAAGGAGAUCAAGUCCGCAGAGUUGACUGAGGACUGGAACACGUUCCUGCUGCGCUUCAACGAGCUGGACCUCUGCGUGUCGGAGAAUGAGACCCUCAAGCACGGCCUGAACGAGUCCACCACGCCCGAGAGCACGCUGGUGAUCACCAGCGGCCAGGCACGCAGCGGCACCCAGACGCCACUCCUGCUGGAAGACUCGGGGUUCGUCAACAUCUCCGUGCCCAUCACCAUCACGCUGGACCCGCAGCGCCCCUUCGGCGGCUACUCCCGCAACAUCACCCACCUGUAUGCCACGGUGCUCGGGCAGCAGGUCGGGCUGACCGGCCGCGAGGCGCACGAGGAGAUGAACAUCACCUUCACACUGCCCGUGCCCUGGAGCUCAGACGAGUGUGUGCUGCACGGCCACUGUGAGCAGGUGGUGUACAGCACCUGCAUGACCGUCACCGCCGCAAGCAAUAUCUUCCCCGUCACCGUGCAGCCACCCCACUGCGUGCCAGAGACCUUCACCAACGCCACGUCCUGGUACAAGCUGUUCACCACGGCGCGCGACUCGGACACAAAGUACAGCCAGGACUACAACCCCUUCUGGUGCUACAAGGGCGCCAUCGGCAAGCUGUACCAUGCGCUCAACCCCAAGCUCACCGUCGUCGUCCCCGAUGACGACCGCUCGCUGAUCAACCUGCACCUGAUGCACACUAGCUACUUCCUGUUCGUCAUGGUCAUCACUAUGUUCUGCUACGCAGUCAUUAAAGGCCGACCGGGCAAAGUACGACAACAAGUCAACACCGACUUUGCCACCGAGAAGGUACGGGCGUACCCUACCACUAGGUGGCAUUGUCUGAGGGUUGAUUCCCAUCCAGGACCUGUAGAGCAACACUAAACUCUUAUCACAUGGACAAACUCGAACGAAUAAGGAAAAAAAAUAAGAAUUUACAAGUUGCCUAGUGAACCAUGGAAAUCCAUUAAGGACACAAAAGCUCUGUGAAUGCAUUUCUCUUGCAAUGUUGGGUUUCUCCAACCAAAGAUAUUAUAAGUGCCUGUAUCUAUGAUGUACAUAUUUGUAGGAAAUGUUCUGUACACUAUUUGUUUUCUUCUCUGGUUUGUUUCUUUGCCUGAGUCCCCCUUGAGUGCCAUCUUCACAACCCGCAUUUUUACAACUGCACUCCGCCAUUUUGUCAACCGCACUUCAGCCUUAUACGCUAGCUAUGUAAUCUAUGAUCUUCGAUGUACAGUUAAAUUCCCCCUAUUGCGAGGCUGAGCAGGCCGCUAAAAGCAACAGUGUUUAUAGCCUGCUCGCCAGUACUGCCUGACUAGAGAAAAAAGUAUCCGUUCAAAGGAAGAAUUUGGGCUGCAUUCAUUGUUAUAUAUGUCAAAGGACAUAAAACAAAGCUUGUUUUAUUUGGUUCACAGUCACGUUUGGAUUCCAAGAACCUAAAUGUAAGUAAAAGAAAUCUGUGUUUCACUGAAUGUAGGAUAUUACAUCUUUGAAGCAGGAUGAAGUAUCGGUCAACCAGACCACACUGGUAAGGAGGAAAGACGGUUGCUUUUGGGCAUUUUACUUUUUAGAUGUCGACAAUUUGGGAAAAGCACAGUGUCACCAGACUUGAAACCCAUGUAGGAAUCUAAAUAACACAAGAAUCACUGUUUUGUUUUGCAGUUGAAUGAGCUGACUAGUACAGGAUAUAUACAGAUAUAUAUAUUAUGUUUAUCAUAAUCGUAACCACACGUUGCCAGUACAAGUCUCCCCUAGUUGUAAAGUCGGCAUGUCUUUUUCUCCCGAAUUUGGACACCUUUGGUUUGGUGCAACUAGACUGAAUCUGAAAGCAGUUGUAUUUGUCUGCUCUUCCAGGGCGAUAUCACCAAUCUUAGGCAAUUAGAUUUAGAAAAGCCAUGUUUGUUUUGGUGGCUGGCUGUGCUUCAUAGAAUUCCCUCUAUUUAUUUUCCAAACAUCACCAGCGCUGUUCAAACUAAUGAGCACUCGACUCUGGAUCUGGGGUACUGUACGGUUGUCUUUUGUUGUGGUGAGUUUAUCAGUUCAGCUAUUCAAACACAGGUCCUCAUUGAUCGGAGGUCCUAUAUCCAGUACACUUAUUUACAUUGAUUAGAGGAAGGUGUAUGGUGCUGGAGACUUGCUUUAUCCAAGUUGAUGGGUAACCGGGCAAAGAGUUAAUUCCCGUUUUACUCAUGGCUGUGUGAAAAAACGUUUCAGUAAAGUACGAUCAGCCAAUAGUCUAAAUAGUUUGAUAAAUCUUAGCUUAUAUACCUUGCCUUGUUCUCUUUUUGUCGAAAAAUCUUAUUUUUUGACUUUACACUUUGCAUCUUUGACCGUGUACCGUUUUAUUAAUUAUUUUAAUCCUUUACCAUAUUGAGCAAUUUUUUAGCUUGUUCUUAUUUUUUUCUACGUUGCCAAUCCCAACAUGCACCUCAAAAGUAAUACUAUUUAUCUCUCUCUUUAAAACUAAUCAUCCUGUGGAAAUCCUACUUUCUCCCCAUCAUUAAAUGCCUGUCCAACAGCC